UUAUACUUCUAUAAUCACAAAUUUCGCCAAGAAUACACUAUAGAAAAAUAUUAAUAAAGACAAACAAUAUUUAAUCUAUUCUCAAUAUGACAACAGACGUCAAGAACAAAAGUUCGACAAUAAAUAAAUAGUACGCAUGCGUGUGUGCGUGAAAUACAUGGUAGUGUGUGUGUAAUGUUUUUUUUAUUGAUUUAAUGUAUUUUUAGGCAUAAUUUAAAAAAAAUAUUAACAUUCUGCACUCCUUCUCUAUAUUCUCUGUAAGUGUGGAAAAUUUCAUACUCCUCCGUCCGCGCAAUUUUCGUAAAAAGGGAUACAAAGUUUUUCCUUCACGUAUUAAUAUAUAGUUGGGAUAAACUUAAAGUUCAAAUUAAAAAGGUCGGUUGGUUGAUAUCAGGGGUGUUACGAAUAUUCGCAUCCGCAUCCGCAAAUGCGGACUAUUCGCAUUAAUUCAGACAUCUGCAUCCGCAUUCGCAUCCGCAUCAAUCAAUGCGGAGUUUUACGGAUGCAGAUUCACAUUAACAAGUAACUACAUGUAAAGAAAGUGGGCGGAGCCAGAGUGGCAACUGACGAAUAGGAAGGCGCACAUUGGUAACAAGAUCCUACAGGUUUUGUUUGUUUUGUUUUUUCUCAUUGUCAAUAAAUUAUAGUUACAGUGAGUGUUUACUCAGUAAACUUUACUGUGUACUUCAUAGUUUUUUACGUGUUUAAUGAAUAUUUUGACAUAAAUGUUAAGUGAAAUGUCGCCACCAAUAAAAAGCAAUAUCUGGACUUAUUUUACAAUAGACAAAAAUGAUCCGGAGAGGUCGGAGUGUAAGAUAUGUAAUAAAAGUUACUCGCGGAAGGGACGCACUACUACUUCUUUGAAAAAUCACUUGAAAUCAAUACACCCGGAGGAAUUUUGUUUAUUCCAAAGUGCUAAUAAAGAAAAGGAAUUGAAGAAAAAAAAUGAUGAAGCAGGUACAAUUGUGACUCCGUUGCAACAAGCCAAAAAACAACUUUCGUUAGAGGAAGUAAUACAAAAAGAAAAGAAGUGGGAUACUAACAACCCUAAUUCAAAAAAGAUUGACAAACUCAUUGGCGAAAUGAUAGCGCUUCAAAAUUUACCUUUUAGCUUUGUGGAAGGACUUGGAUUUCGUCGUCUCAUACAAGAGUUAGCACCGAAGUAUAAUUUUAGGGGACGAAAUUUUUUUACUGAUUUCGUGUGCAAUGAGCUAUACAUAAAACUUGCUGCAAAAGUUAAAGAAUUAAUUGAAAAAUAUGAUUAUAAGUCGUUCACUACUGAUAUUUGGACAGAUCCCAGCUCAGGCGUUUCUUUGCUUAGCCUAACUUGCCACGGAGUAUCAGAAAACUUUGAACGAUCGUCAAUUGUGUUAAAAUGCGAAACUUUUGAUGACCGUCAUACUGGUGAUAUCAUUGCAGAAAAAUUUAACACAAUGCUUGCUGAAUGGAAUAUUUCAAAUGAAAAAGUGCAUUGCAUGAUACGAGAUGAAGGCUCUAAUAUGAAAAGAGGGAUGCGAUUAGCAUUGCUAAAUGAUUUAGAUUGUACCGUUCAUAAGUUACAAAUCGUUAUACGGCAUGGUUUACGAUCGCAGGAAUGCAUAGAAGCCGUCAAACAAAAAUGUAAGAAAAUUACUUCUCAUUUUAACCAUUCCACCAUUGCUCAAAAGCAACUUGAAAAAAUUCAAGACAGACUUAAUCAAUCACAUCUUAAAGUAUUCCAGGAUUGUGUGACGCGCUGGAACAGCACAUUCUACAUGUUUGAGCGUUUUAUGAAGAUAAAAGAUGCAUUAAGUCUUUAUGCCAAUGAUCAUAAUAUUGAAUCAAUUUUGCCUGAAGAGUGGAAAGUAAUAGAAUGCUGUCUUGAAGUAUUGAAACCGUUUGAAGAAGCCACUCGUGAAAUGAGCAGCUCUCAAGCACUCAUAUCAUCUGUGAUUCCUAUCAUACAAAUGCUUUUGAAAAAACUUGACGUCUAUUUAACAAAACCACGAGAAAGUGAUAGUUUUCGGUUGGCAGUUUCUAAUCUGAAAUCACAAUUUUCAGCGAAAUUUUCUUCUUUGGAAGAUAACAACUUAUAUGCAAUUUCCACAUAUUUAGAUCCUCGCUAUAAGCAUAAAUUUUUCAAACCAGUCACCGAAGAAAAAAUAAAAGAUGAAAUAAUAAAGAUGGUGAAUGAUCCUGUCGUGCCUGAUUCUCCUAAGUCGCCGGCGGAAAAAACAAAAAGAAUGAGAAUGGGAGAUUCUCUCGAUCCUGAACCAGGAACAUCCAGUAUGAGUAAGAAGACUUGCUUAAAAAGCGAUCUUGCCAUGAUGUUAGGUUCAUCGAGCGAAGAUGAAGGUGAAGGAGAACCGGACAACAGUAGCCCCGAUGCUCUUCUCCGCAAAGAAUUAGUUAUUUAUCGUAACAAAAAAAGACUAGAUUUAGAUGAAAAUCCACUUAAUUGGUGGAAAGUUAACCGUUGUGAAUUUAAAAUUCUCUCCAAAUUAGCAUGCAGAUAUUUAUCACCUCCACCAGCCAGUUUUCCCAGCGAACAACUAUUUAGUGGAGCUGGGUUAAUAUAUAAUCCACUAAGAAACAGGUUGGAAGCUGAGAAGGCUGCAAUAUUGCUAUUUAUUAAAUAUAAUUCACCAAUCUUUAACUUUAAUUAUUAAACAAAGAUUUUUUUAUUAUGCAACUAGAAGCUUAAAAUUCUGUUGUGUCAUAAGUAAAACUAAAAACUGGUGUAAUUUUGUUCUAAUAAUAUGAUUAAAUAAAUAAAAAGUUAAAAUUAAA